UUUGAGUCUUGUGUUGACGUUUCUGUGUGUUCAAAUUUCCUAGCUGCAAUUAUUAUCUGCCGAAUCGUUGUCACUCGAAUUAUAUUUCUGUUUUAGUUCAGAAUCGUAUUGAAAGGCCUAAAACUAAUAUACAUGGAAUGAUGUUGAGCUCUGCACUGCACAGAAGCUGUCUUUAUGAGUAGGCUACCAUAACCCGCCACUCACUGCACUGUCACUGCAGAAACUAUUACCACAAGUUUAGUUUCAUUAUAGCUUGUAAAAUGGCAUCUCCUCCUUUUCCUGAAAAAGUAACAAAUCUUAACAUAGGUAUUUUAGGUCAUGUUGAUUCUGGAAAAACUUCGUUAGCAAAAGCUCUAAGUGAGGUGGCGGGAACUGCAGCGUUUGACAAAAACCCUCAAUCACAAGAGAGGGGUAUUACCAUCGAUCUUGGCUUUAGUGCAAUUAUUGUUGACAUGCCAGCUCACUUACGUGCCAAAACACCAAAGGAAAAACUGCAACUAACUUUUGUAGACUGCCCAGGACAUGCAUCACUUAUCAGAACCAUUAUAGGAGGAGCACAGAUAAUUCACAUGAUGCUACUGGUUAUUGAUGUAACGAAAGGAAUGCAGACCCAAACUGCGGAGUGUUUGGUGAUAGGAGAAAUAAUGUGUAAAAAUAUGAUAGUUGUCCUUAACAAAACAGACUUGCUGCCGAAAGAGAAAAGAGAUGUGCUUAUUGAAAAGAUGAAAAAGAAAAUGUCUCUGACAUUGGUGAAUACAGUAUUUAGGACAGCGCCCAUUAUUGCUGUAGCUGCCAAUCCUGCAGACUCUGAACCCUUGAAACAGAAUUCUACUGAAGGCCUUGCUACUUUGCUGAAUAUGCUGAAAGAAAUGGCUUACUUACCAAAGAAGCAACUUGAAAUGCCUUUGAUAUUUGCUGUGGAUCAUUGCUUUAGUAUUCGUGGUCAAGGCACAGUUUUGACCGGAACUGUUCUUCAAGGAAAAGUCUCUUUGAAAGAUGAAAUACAAGUACCAUCUAUUGGCUUUACUGCCAAAGUGAAAUCAAUGCAGAUGUUUCGACGGCCAGUGACUUGUGCUGAAGAAGGAGAUCGUCUCGGAAUAUGUGUGGCCCAACUUGAUCCUAAACAACUUGAGCGGGGACUUGUUUGUCAUCCUAAUCAUAUUCCUUUUAUGUGGGCUGCUAUUCUGCAUGUGCAACGCAUCAAAUACUUCCAGGGAAAUGUGAAGUCCAAGGAUAAAUUUCAUAUUAGCAUUGGUCAUGAAACAGUUAUGGCUACCCUCACAGUAUUCAAAUCAGUAGAAACCUCUACCGAUUCCUCUAACUCUUUUGAACUUAAUUCUGAUUUUGAGUUGAAAGAAGAACUUGAAGAGGGUAAUAAGAAUUUCAUGCUUCUUCAAUUUGAAAGACCAAUAUUGGCCCCACCAAACAGUUUAGCGAUUGGAUCCAGACUCGAAAUGGAUGUAAAUGGGCAUGCCUGUCGAUUGGCAUUCUGGGGUACAAUUGUUAAUCAAGUGGUGAGCAAAGAUUAUGAGAAAGAUUUUCUCCCAUUGCUAAAGAUUUAUAAACUUAAAGAAAGGAGAGGGACAGUAGAGCGUGUGGUUAAAGAUAAUGCAAUCAUAGUAAAGAAUCUCAUCAAAAAGGAGACCAAUGCACAGAUUUUUGUCGGUCUCACUGUUGAGUUGUCUAGUGGAGAAAUUGGGGUGAUUGAAAGUACUUUUGGGAAAAGUGGAAAGCUUAAUGUGUAUGUACAAGAUGGCCUGAAACCAGAAACCAUAGAAAAAUACAAAAAAGAAGAAACGAAAAAGACAGCUGGUCCAAUUGAUGUUGUUCUAAAGUUCAGAAGAUAUAUAUUUGAUGUAGAAAAGAAAAUUGUCCAAAAAUAAAUAAGUAUUAUAAAUUA